GAACGUUCUUGACGAUCAACAAGACUCUAUGGUAGGAGCAGGAAGUCCGGUUGUACGUAACUACGUCUGGACCGCUUCCGGUCCUGAGUCACGGUGAAACAGAGAAUGGCUCCGCCGGGUGAAUACAAGAUGGCGGGGGAAGGAGCAGAGCAGAUGGAUAUGGAUGAGAUUCGUGGUGGCACUGGCCUGCGUCAGUAUUAUUUGUCAAAGAUCGAGGAUCUGCAGUUGGUUGUCAAUGAAAAAAGCCAGAACUUGAGACGUCUUCAAGCCCAGAGAAAUGAGCUCAAUGCAAAAGUGCGUUUGCUCCGUGAGGAGCUGCAGUUACUCCAGGAACAGGGAUCCUAUGUUGGAGAAGUGGUGCGAGCCAUGGACAAGAAGAAGGUGUUGGUUAAGGUCCAUCCUGAGGGGAAGUUUGUUGUAGACAUCGACAAAAACAUUGAUAUAAAUGAUGUGACCCCAAACUGUAGAGUUGCUUUAAGGAAUGACAGCUACACCCUGCACAAAAUCCUGCCCAACAAGGUGGACCCGCUGGUGUCGCUGAUGAUGGUGGAGAAGGUUCCAGAUUCCACGUAUGAGAUGAUUGGAGGUUUGGACAAACAGAUUAAAGAGAUCAAGGAAGUCAUCGAGCUCCCCGUCAAGCACCCUGAACUAUUUGAGGCACUGGGGAUUGCACAACCUAAGGGAGUGCUUUUGUAUGGACCCCCAGGUACUGGCAAGACACUACUGGCCCGUGCUGUUGCACAUCAUACAGACUGCACAUUUAUCCGUGUGUCUGGAUCUGAACUUGUUCAGAAGUUUAUUGGGGAGGGAGCUCGCAUGGUGAGGGAACUCUUCGUCAUGGCUCGAGAGCAUGCUCCUUCCAUUAUCUUCAUGGAUGAGAUUGACUCUAUUGGAUCUUCGCGGUUGGAGGGGGGUUCUGGUGGAGAUAGUGAAGUGCAGCGUACCAUGCUUGAGCUGCUGAACCAGCUGGAUGGAUUUGAGGCGACAAAGAAUAUUAAGGUCAUUAUGGCAACCAACAGAAUUGAUAUAUUGGAUUCUGCUUUGCUGCGCCCAGGCCGCAUUGACAGGAAGAUAGAGUUCCCCCCUCCUAAUGAAGAGGCCCGUUUGGAUAUUCUGAAAAUUCAUUCCCGAAAGAUGAAUCUGACUCGUGGCAUCAACCUGCGUAAAAUAGCUGAGCUCAUGCCUGGAGCAUCCGGAGCAGAGGUGAAGGGUGUAUGUACAGAAGCGGGUAUGUACGCCCUCCGUGAAAGAAGGGUACAUGUCACACAAGAAGACUUUGAAAUGGCAGUAGCAAAGGUGAUGCAGAAGGACAGCGAGAAGAACAUGUCUAUAAAGAAAUUAUGGAAAUGAACAUGGAGUGAAGCCUUCCGAGCACACGUUAUUCUCAGCCCUGAUGUAUGUUAUGUACAGCUGCUGCUAAUGUUUUUCAUCCUCCAGCCUCCCUUGUGUAAUCAGGGCACCCCAGGGCAAACACUUCUAAUUUGAGAACUGAGCUGUUAUUGUCACCGCCAUACUGCGACCAGCGAUAGGGCUGUAUCCAAAGGGAGACUACUGUCACAGGGCAUCAUGGAUUAACAAAACUUAACAUGCAUGUAAACCCUUUGGGUGCAUAAUUGAUCACAUGGGGGGGGGGGAGGGGACUGAAGCAGCAAGUUGUUGUCUUUUCAAUUGCUAGUGAACCAGAUCUGGAUUUGUUUUUGUAAUAUUACUGAAACUGAAUCUCUGUGGUCUGUUUUUAAUAAAGAACAGAACGAGUAAAAAAAAAAGAAAGCUUUUAUUGUUCUUAACCAUUUAACAAUUUUGCAAACAACAAAGAAAUAUUUAGUAAUGAAACACAUUCAGACCCUGCUCCCACAGUGCUGUAAACUGCACAUCAAUAAAGAUCAUAAGAAAUGAAUGCAGCCGUUUUAACAUGUGCCCAUGUCCCACAUAGAGGGAAUAGCUAUUAUGAGGGCUGCAAUUUGAAAGCGCAGGUAUUGCAUGGGUAUUGGGGGGCCGUUCACAUGGGUGGAUUACCGGUGAAAUUUCUACAGCGUAUGCUAGGUAAUCUGCCUGUGUGAAUGUACCCUUAGGCGGGAUGUCAGGCAGUGUGUGAUCACCAAUCAAGUAAUGCCCUGACUUAACACCUGCUUCAGAAGUUUAAAGGAGUCCUCCGCCCCUAGACAUCUUAUCCCCUAUCCCAGCGGCCAGAUCCCUGCGAUCUCUUGGACGGCACCCGAGGUUCUGAACAUUUAUUUCCAGAACUCUGGCUGAAGCACGCGUUGUGGACAUAAGUGUUCAGAACGCCAGGGUGCCAUCCCGGAGAUCGCAGGGGGGGGGGGGGGUCCCAGUGUCCCAGUGUCCAGACUCCUCCAUGGUCAGACAUCUUAUCCCCUAUCCUUUGUAUAUUGGGUUAUAAGAUGUUUAGGGGGCGGAUUACCCCUUUUAAAGGAAAAUGUUCACCCGUACUAUAACCAGAUACACCGGGUUAUAGUGCAGGAGAACGAUGCGGGGUCGUGGACUGCUAUACCUACCUACAGACCAGAGCCCUGAUCCCCAAAGUUCCCCCUCUUGCGCAAGCCCUGGAAGAGGGGGACCUUCGGGGGAUCGGGGAUCUGGUUUGCAGGUAAUUAUAGCAGUCUGAGACCCCACAUCGGUCUCCUGUUCACCCACAUUAUAACUCAGUGUAUCGGGUUAUAGUGCGGGUGAACGGGUGACCGUUCUCCUUUUUAACUAUGGUAAUUUAUACAGAAGAGCCACCCUGUGCAUGCAACCAUGGUAAAAUGCUACAUUACUAGCUGAUAAGUUCAUAUAGUGGAUGAAUAUUUUUAUUUUUUUGUGCUCAGCAGUUUUAGAUAUAUUGUCGCCUGUACACGACAUCCUGAGAGUAAAAGAGUACCCCUUUAAUGUUGCAGUUGCACUCUUGAAUAUCUGACCACAUCUAUACAGGGCAGUUUAAGGUAUAUUCACACACUGCAGAAAUCUCAGCACAUUUUAUACAUAGCAAUGGGGCAGUAAUCUCUGCAACACAUUUGUCACACAUGACCAUGCUGGCAAAAGCCGGAGUCAAGGGAACGGGUUUGAAGAGGUUAUCCGGCCUUGUAAAAUGAAUGAUUUAUCCUAAGGCUCAGCUGUUUGAAGGGGUCAUGGUGCUUAUGUGGUUGUUGCAGAUUACUGCUACUCGUCCCUUUAUGGAUGUACUGCUAGGCUGUGUUCACACGAUGGAAAUUCCGGCUGGAUUUCUGCAUCUAAUUCCGCAUAAAUUUAGAGUCAAUACACUUCAAUGGGAUUCCCAUUCACACAGUAGAAUUUCCGCAUUGGUCUUUCCUCUGCGGAAAUUCUGCAUUCCAUGUAAAGAAAGGUCCUACCCUAAAUUCGUGCGGAAUUGUGAUGCGGAAUCCCAUUGAAGUCAAUGGGUCUAUUUUUUAUUUUUUUUCCUCCUCCUCCUCCAUCCAAAUGCCGAUUUCGCGUGGAUUACUCACGAAAUGUAACCAAAGCAAUGAUAGAAAAUCCCCAUUUUCCUUACACUGGAAUUUCUGCAUAUAUUCAGAAAGAUGCAGCAUUCCACGUCCACAUUUUUUGGCCAGAAUUCUGCAUCUUUAUGCGGAAAUUCUGACGUGUGAAUGUAGCCUUAGAAGCAGUGGGGCAAGGUAUUGCACUUUUGUCUCAUUCAAGUGAAUAGGGCACUGCAGCCUAUUUAAACAGAUGAUCCAGAGAGGAUAUCUUUGGAUAGGGCAGUGUUUCCCAACCAGGGUGCCUCCAGAUGUUGCAAAACUACAACUCCCAGCAUGCCUGGACAGCCU